AAACUUUCUUUUGAGGAAAAAAAAAAUCCUUCUUUCAUCUCCUUCGCGAGCUAUAACGCCGGUGCGAUUCUUGUCCUCUCCGGUCGGGAACACAGAUCUCCGAUCACCGAACGGGGUAUAUUCCGCGUAGUGCACGCGCCAUGAGCGGAAGCCACCAUCGACAUCUUCUCCAGCUUGUACUCUCAUGUCGGAAAAUCACGGCGCAAGUGACUCAGCCUGGCUCAUCCACGAUCGUCGCCAUGGCUUCGUCCUCGGAGCAGGAGUUCGUGGCCCAACUCCGAGCCAAGCUCAACCGAUUCCCGCGCGCGAAGAGCCUGUGGGAUUCGAGGACCGCGUCGCGUGUCGGCGAGAAGCUAGGUCUCCGUCUGAGGGAGAUCGGCGUCGAAGCCAUCGCCAUUGACGCCGACGAGGAGAUUUCCCGCCCAAUCCACCACCGGAAGAUGGUCCUCCCCUUGCUCGACUCCGUCCGCCGCACCGGCGUCCAGGUCGACGGCACCGAGCAGCUCGGCGAGAUCGGUCACUGGAAGAGUUAGGGUGUGGAACCGAUUCUUUCUGCUGCAAACAGGAAAAAGUCCGCUCGUUUCUGAGGAAUAACCAAAAUUUUUCCAGUUGUUGAGAAGUAACAUUUCGAUUUUUGGAGGCGUAAUACAAAAAAAAAGUCCACUUUUUUUUUUGUUCUUUUUUGCAUCUGAACUCUUGCAGCAAAAUGCUGUUUCAUUUCCUGCCAUAAAGAACCAUUGAUGAGCAAGUUCAUCAAACAUUCAA